AUGUUGCAGCUUCAGCGUGGGUUUGGGAAUUUGGGCCUUCAUUCUUUUCUGGCAGUCGUCCGGUACCCUGUCAGGUCAUGUUCGCGCUUGGCUUCAUUACAGAAAGGCUACUCCACUUUGCGGUGGCAGUCGCUGCCUCCCGGACAUGGCGAGGCGUUGAGCUCGAUGUUAGAUGUUCCCGAGCUCUUCCAGUGGCGCGCCGUCAGCAGCGGCUGCAAGGAGGUCUCCCUACAGGCACUUUGCAAUGGUUUGGCGCGAGUUCUCAGUGAUUGCGAGCUGCAGAGCCCCACCGUCAGACGCCAGGCCUUGUCUGCCCUCGCCGGGCUGACGGCUGGCAACGCGGCGGCCAUGGCCCACGCAGAGGAGGCCAGCCGUGCGCUCCUGGCCGACAAGCUGCCCGCCCUUCGCUGUGCAGGACUCCUGGCGAUGCUCCGCUUGGGGCGCUGGGGCGCGGCGGGGGACAUGGCGGUGCUGCUCCAAGAUGCAGAUCAGGUCGUCCGGCUCACGGCAGAGAAGGCCUUGAUGGAAAUGGCGAUGCGCAACGCCGACGCCGCGCGAGCCAUCGGCCACGCCGUCGCGCAGAUGCUGCGCAGUACGCUGGCGGCCGUGCGCCUGCACUCGACGCGCGUCCUAGGCUGCUGCGUCGUGAAGCAAGCGAGCGAAGGGGGAAGCAAUUCCUACGAGGAGGCCUUGAUCUCAGCCGUGACGCUGGGCACGCCGGAGGAUUGGGCACGGGAUGCGGAAGAGCUGGCCGCCCGGUGUGCCGCAGUGGACGUGCUCCACCUGCUUGCCGCUCAGGAGUGCCGCAAGUCAGGCACUGACGUCCUGGAGCGGGCUGCGACAGUACUGGAUGUGGGCCCCUCGCAAGGCACCUGGCCCAAUCUGGCAGAGUUUCUGAAGGCAGCAGCGAGGACACAGUCCGCCUCCAUCGUCACUUGCGACCGCCUCGCCAGCCAGAACCCGCUCGUGCGCCGCGCCGCGUUGGGCAUUCUUCCCCUGGUCUUCCAUGGCUCUGCUGCUGAAACUGUGGCAACCGUUGAGGUUCUGAAACGGUUGGCAUCGCACUCCAACCCCUCGGUCCGCAUUGCGGCACUCGACGGCUUUGCGGUCUUGGCGCCUCGCGACAGUGCAUUGCGAGGCGCAGCAUUGCAAGCUGCAAGCGGAGCCCUCUGCGACAGCGAUGGCCGGGUCUGCGUGCAAUCUGCGGCUAUGGUGCCCACGCUGGUGAGUCGCAGGGGCCACCUCCCGACUGUCUCGGCGGCCUUACGCAGUCUCCAGGCACCCCAGGGUGUGAGCCGCCGGGCAGGAGCAGAGGUCUUGGCGCAAGUGGCUGCGCAGGAUGACCACAGCGUCACGCGAGCCCUAGGCCUCCGACUGGAAGACUCGGACCCGGCAGUUCGACGGGCCGCAGGCGGAGCCUUGGCAGACUUACUCGCCCUGGCCGGCCAGGACUUCGCCAGUCCUCCGCCUGGCCUGCACGAGAUCCUAUCCCGGCUGGAGCACCCGUCGCUGGACAUCCGGCGCACGGCCGUGGAGGCUUUGCGCCAGUUGGCUGCAAACGAAGCAGCGCGUCCAUGGGUCGUGGCAGCUGUUUGUAAAUGCUGCCAGCACGAGAGCCUGGCUGUGCGCCGGACGGCGCUCCAAGCCCUCCCUGUCACAGCCCACCUGUCUGAUGAGUCCGUGUGGGGCAGCCUCGAGGCAUGCCUUGCAGACGAGGCGUGGCAGCUUCGCCUUACUGCGCUCCAGUCCAUUGAGGAGCUGCUCCGGUCGGCUGCCUGCCCUUGGGCAGUGGAGCCUGACAGCUUUUUGCACAGUGUGCUCCGCUGCCUCCAAGCAGACACCGAGCCUGAUGCCUGUGUUCGCCUCGGCGCAGUCCACAUUUUGGGCCGCUUGCAGAGGCUUUCAAAAGCGCACGCCGCAGAGGCACUGGCUGCGUUGCAAGCCGUUGCCGACAGUGAUCCCGAUACAGACGUUCAAGAAGCAGCGCAGCAAGAGCUUUCAGCGUGA